UUAUUUACUAGAGAUUGGUCCUGGUCUAAAUAACUUAUUUUGGUGAUCCUCUUACUUUCCAUCUUAUGUUAGCAUGCUUCAUAAGUGGUUGUGACAUACAGUCUAACUGCUCUGUGUAUAAGGGAAAUUAUAUCAGGUAGUGCUGCUCCUCGAUUUUCCACACAGUCAUCACAGUGGGAGUACCUCCUUCCCCGCAUUGCCUCGUCCACACAGCCACACGCCCCCCUGUUUAUGAGACAUUUUCUGCUCUCACUGGUUCUUCCUGCUGUUUUAUGGUGUGUUUCUCAUUCCUGACCUCCAGUUAAACUGCUGCAGCACUUAGGUGUGCCUGCUUCGCUCAGGGCCAUGGAGCAGGUAGAAGAAGGCGUGGAACAGGUACAAAGAGAGAGAUAACUAUGUCAGCUCAUGUUCAGACCUGACACAGCUGCUUUCCCUCCACAGCAAAAAGGCAUCACAACGUGGCCUCGAUGGCGUACUCCACUGGUACUCUCGCACAGGGCUGUUUUGGGAAGGUGUACAAGGAGAAGUACAACGAUACCUGGGCUGCUGUAAAGAAGGUCCCCCACCAUCUCAUCAGUAGGAAGGACCUGGAGAGAGAGUGUGAAGUGUACAACAAGGCAGAACAUACCAACAUAGUGAAGCUUCUGGGCAACAUAACCUUGAAAGAUGGAAAAUGGAUUAUUCCUCUGGAGUUUAUCUUUGGAGAGGAUUUAGAGACCACCAUCUUCAAAGCAUCAAAGUCUAAAAUACAGUUGACACCAACUAAUAAAGGCACCAUCAUCAUUGGCAUGUGUGAAGGGCUGCUCCACCUGCACUCCAAAGAUGUUGUCCAUCAAGACCUCAAGCCUGAAAACAUCAUGGUGGAGCAUAACACAAACAGAGCAGUCAUCAUUGACCUGGGACUGGCCAAGUUCUUCCGACAUGGUCUCAACUCCGCCAUGGACAUGGGGAAUGAGGCCUACUCAGCCCCAGAGGUGCUGCAGAGGGGUAGUCAGCGGGACCAGCGCUCAGAUGUGUGGGCCAUGGGUAAAAUCAUCGCGGAGCUCUGCGCUCGGAUUCGGCUGUAUACACCCAGCGUUUGUCCCGCCAAGAUAAAGGAGACCCUGAAGGAUCAGCCAUACUGCCAUGUUGUGUGUAGGAUGGUGGAGACUGACCCCUCUAUAAGGGCCUCCAUGGCUGGGGUCAUGAGUGAAAUACGAAGGGCCGGAGGUGCAGGCAUAGUGACAAAUACACCCAUUCAGAACCUUAAACCACCUUCCCCUCACAUUAAUGUCAGAAACCGAUCUCCGUCACCAAUGAACAGAGGUGCAUCUCCAAUGAAGAGGGAUCCAUCGCCAAUGAACAGGAGUCCAUCACCAUUCAACAGGAACGCAUCACCAAUGAACAGAGGUCCAUCCCCAUUUAAAAUGGAUCCAUCACCACUAAACAGGUCUCCAUCACCUCUGAAUUUCGAGCGAUCACCCAGACCAGAUAUCAAAGCUGUACGUCAUCAAGCUGCAAUGCACCUCUCUCCAUCCCCUCGGAGGACAGGGGACAAUAACCAAAACCAGCCUCUGGUCCCAGCAGGCAAAGCUGAGAUUACACAAGACUUCAUGAAAAUGAGGUUGUACCAAGAAGCAGCCAUGGAUCUGCCCUGUAACCUGCCCGCGACUGGGAGGGUGGUGGUGCGGCGCUUUGAGCAGAAAAACGGGGAGGUUGAAGCAUGGGAGCAGAAGGAGGUGGUGACUCGGGAUGGGAAGAUAGUCAAGUAUGAUGAUGUCAAGUUUAAUAGUAAGUAAGACUAGUUUAGAGUUUAACAAUUUGUUAUGUGGAAGAUACAUUUUCUUCUCAAAAACAACUGCAUGUGCUGGUUGAAUGGUUCAUUUUGAUAACUUUUGGUAUCUUCUUACAAAAGCAUGUAAAGCACAUUUCCACUGAGCUAUUGAGGAAACGGAGAGUAAGCUACAGCAGUCAUCUGCUUCUGUCAUGGAUAAAACUGACUUGUCACGAACUUAUUAAUACAGGCUGUCAGUUUGAAGCUGUAAUAAGAGGACAUCUUGAAAUGGUUUUGUUCAUGCUGUAACAUGACAUUCAGCCAUGUUAGGAAUUUUACUGAGCUUCAAAUGUACUUGCCAAGAAAGAAAUAUCUGCAUGCACGAACAACCACCUGUGAAUUUCACCAUCUGAAUGUAUAAGACUGUGAACAUGGCUAAUACUUUGUGUGUGUAUAUAUAUAUA